AUGUCUAAACAGUGGUCCCACGAUCCUAAAUGGAGUGACGAAAUGGAGAAGUUAAUUACAGAACCCUACAAGUACAUCAAGAAGGUCCCUGGAAAGCAUUUUCGUAGAAUUCUAAUUGAUCUAUUCAACGAAUUUUUAGAAGUGGAUCAUCAAUCUGUGGAGAGUAUUGAGCAGGUCAUUGAUAUACUCCAUAACUCUUCGCUGAUGGUGGAUGAUGUAGAGGACAGUGCUACUUUAAGAAGAGGGAUACCAGCUACGCAUAAUGUUUUUGGGAUUCCUCAGACGAUAAACACUGCAAACUACAUGUAUUUUGUUGCCAUCCAAAAGGCUGGUACUUUGGGCAACCAUGCAAGGGUGAAUGACGUUCUGAUAGAAGAAAUGAUGAAUCUGCACCGAGGACAGGGCUUGGAUCUUUAUUGGCGAGACAAUUUUGUUUGUCCUAGUGAAGAGCAGUAUUUGGACAUGGUGAUGAACAAAACCGGAGGUCUCUUUAGGCUUACCGUCCGUUUGAUGGAGCUUGUUCAGAACCCAAACGAUGGAGUGGAAAGAAAGGCUUCUUCUUUAGUCCAUUUUGCUAAUCUUUUAGGUAUAGUAUACCAAAUACGGGAUGAUUAUUUGAACCUUAAGAGUGACCAGUAUAAUCAAAAUAAAGGCUUCUGCGAAGACAUCACAGAGGGUAAGUUCUCGUUUCCAAUUAUUCAUUCUAUUCAAAACAGUGACGAUACAGGGCUAUUAAGCAUAUUAAAACUCAGGACAAAUGAUGAGAAAUUGAAAAGGUUUGCACUUACUUAUAUGGAACAAACUGGCAGUUUCCAGUAUGCCAAAGAGAAGCUUAGUGCACUAGCUAAGGAAGGGGAGAAGAUGCUGGGUAAAAUUUCAGCAGAGUUCAACCAUAUCGACACUUCACACUUGAAUGAAUUUCUGAUUAAGCUUACUCGAAUAGGAGGUGAUGAUGAUAAACCUCAAUACCUUCUCCAAACAGAAGAAACUACGAUACCAGAAGCAAAAUGA